CGGGGCCGCAACGACAGCGGCGGCAAGGGGGUGAAAUUUCUCGAAGGUGCGGCGGCCGUGCCGGGGCGAGUCGGGGCCGGGCUGGGGGCUGCGCCGGGCGCGGAGCGGCACCUGGGGCUCGCUGAGAGCAGCGACAGCGGAUGGUAACGGCCCCCAGCGCUGCCGCUAGUGCCGUCGCCAUGAAUCAUAAGAGCAAGAAGCGGAUCCGUGAGGCGAAGCGCAGCGCCCGGCCCGAGCUGAAGGACUCGCUGGACUGGACCCGCCACAACUACUGCGAGACCUUCCCCCUCAGCCCCGCCGCCUGCAAGGAUAAUGUGGAGAGGGCAGAUGCACUCCAGUUAACAGUGGAAGAAUUUGUUGAGCGUUAUGAAAAACCUUACAAGCCUGUAGUUCUGCUGAAUGCCCAGGUGGGCUGGUCUGCACAAGAGAAGUGGACUCUGGAACGACUGAAACGCAAAUAUAGGAACCAGAAGUUCAAGUGUGGGGAGGACAAUGACGGUUAUUCUGUGAAGAUGAAGAUGAAAUACUACAUAGAGUAUAUGGAAACCACACGCGAUGACAGCCCACUCUACAUCUUUGACAGCAGUUAUGGAGAGCAUCCCAAGCGCAGGAAACUCCUAGAGGACUACAAAGUACCCAAAUUCUUCACAGAUGAUCUGUUUCAGUAUGCAGGGGAGAAACGAAGGCCACCUUACAGAUGGUUUGUGAUGGGCCCGCCUCGUUCUGGAACAGGAAUUCACAUUGAUCCCUUGGGAACUAGUGCCUGGAAUGCCUUAGUCCAGGGACAUAAACGUUGGUGCCUGUUCCCUACCAGCACUCCCAGAGAACUGAUCAAAGUCACACGAGAAGAGGGAGGGAACCAGCAGGAUGAGGCCAUCACUUGGUUCAAUGUCAUCUAUCCGAGGACGCAGCUCCCCACCUGGCCCCCUGAAUUCAAACCCCUGGAAAUCUUACAGAAACCAGGCGAGACUGUCUUUGUGCCAGGUGGCUGGUGGCAUGUAGUUCUCAAUCUCGACACAACUAUUGCCAUCACGCAGAACUUUGCCAGCUGUACCAACUUCCCGGUGGUGUGGCACAAGACGGUAAGAGGGAGACCCAAAUUGUCCCGGAAGUGGUACAGGAUCCUAAAGCAGGAACAUCCUGACUUGGCAGCCUUGGCUGAUUCAGUUGACCUGCAGGAAUCUACUGGUAUCGCUUCUGAUAGUUCUAGCGAUUCUUCCAGUUCCUCAAGCUCCAGCUCCUCAGACUCUGAUUCAGAGUGUGACUCUGGCUCUGAGACAGAGGGGAUGAUGCACCGGAGGAAAAAGAGGAGAACUUGCAGCAUGAUGGGUAACGGUGACACAACUUCCCAGGACGACUGUGUGAGCAAAGAGCGCAGCUCCUCCAGGAUUAGGGAAUCUUGUGGCGGCCGCAGCUACCCCUGAGCGAAAACAACACCCACCGAGGGGCAGCUGCCAGUUGAAGCUCCGUUAGCAGCCAGCCAGCUCUGUUCUACCCCCUUCUGCUUCUGUUUUUCACACCCCUUACGUUUUUGUCGCUCUUCCUCGAUCCAGACAUCCGUCUCCAUUAUGUGCUGUUGAAGGUUGGCUCCUUACUAACUUCUAGGGGAAUGCCCCGACUCAACAUUAUUGUGCAAUGCUUUAUCCCCUCUGCGCCCCACGUGAGUGCACUAGUGACCCAGCUUUGGGUAAGGACAUGCCAAGUAUUUAAUGGUUCACGUAACUGGCAAGGAAGACGACGGUCAGUUUUUAAAGAACUCUUUUUAAAACCAGCAGGUAAAUGUAAAAACCUGCCUUGCUUUGACACUGUCAUAUGUUUACAUGUUGUCCUGUACACUUGAGGAAAGGAACACCAGCCCUUUUGGCCUGUCUGAACGUCCAGCGGAUCUUGCACCAGAAUUUCAGGAAGGGAGGGUGGUAUGAAUGCUCCGAACACUGAAGCAACAUGAGUGAAGGUGACCACCGACCUGAAGCAUCUUUUGUGGUCUUAAUCUACACAUAUACAUCUAAGAUGCAACACCUUAACCAGCAGCAGUCCAUUUACUUUUGCUCUGUACCUGUUAUGAUGACUGGUAACAAAGAUGCACUAGCACCUUGCAAUAGGAAGCUUGAUGGAGCAGGAGAAUCCUGGUGUUUCUUGCACAGCAAAAACUGAGGGGGGGGGGGGGGAAGUCAGCAUUUUCCAAUAAUUAUAAUCCUUUAGGUGCAGGCAUGAUAAUUAGCAUUAGGCAACAACUGACAGAGUCUGAAUUUUACAUUAUAACAACAGUUGCUGGGCUUUAAAUGUCAAGCAGUUUUAGGGCCAUGGGCUCAUUCAGGCCGGUGCAGUUCACAUACCUAAACGACUUUCCUUUGAGGUUAUGGGUUCAGACAUUUCGGGAACUUUCGGUGCCAAUUUUAGAGAAAUGGGAAGGGGACAUACUGUUUUAUGCUUUUUAAAAAUGCAAUGUGUUGCUUAAGUCUGUGUAAGUGCAUUCGUAUUAUGCCAGGUAAAGCUCUCAUCCCCAAGGGAUCUGUUGAAGCUGCUGGGUUUUUUAGCAGGGGCUUGUGCUGGUGGUGUCAGCAAAGAGGUCUGGCUGGCUGAUGGUGGCCUGCAAGGAAAUGACCCUUCUCGAUCUGAUUAGCACAGCCAGGAGCUCACUGGGCUAAGCUGCUUCCUUGGGUGCUCUCCUGGGACCCAGGACAUGGGUGUUCCAUCUCACUUCAGCUGUUCUUCUUUGGGAGAGGAAACGUAAAAGCAGUGUCUGUGUAAAAUAGAUGCAAUAAUGCCCAGGCACUGAUGACAGAAUUAAAAAGCAGAUUGGCAGCCUUAACUGCGACUUUCUUAUACGUGUUGUAUUUGGUGGAACCCCGAACGUUGCUUGUCUGAAUUUUCUGAUCAUUUUUUUAUAAGACUGUCUCUUCCAGUUUAAAGACUCUCUCCCUUCUUGGAGACUGGGCCAUAUCCUGUUGUACGAGGGAAUCCUAAAUAUGUUUGUCAGGAUCUCUGUUUCUGAAUCUUCUGUGCCAGUCAUUUUUUUUAUAGGAGCAGUGUGGCAGUGAAAAAAUGGAGAGAGGGAAGGUUUAUUGGUACACUCCUUAGUUGUCCAGACUCUUGAAUUUCCUGUGAUAGCCAGGUGUAAGCAAGCACUCUGUAGACUGCUGCAGAUUCUUCCGCAGGAUUACUUCAUUUUAAAAAAAGCUGCUCAAACUCGUGGUGUUUCUGGCCAAGGUUGCCUUUUUUCCUGCCUGGUCGAACAGCCUGGGAGCCUGCACAACCUGUAUUUCUUCUCAGAGCAGGCUGCAGCUGCUGCUUUUUGGAAGAAUGUGAGGGUCUGGAGAGGUGAAGGCUUGAAGUCUGAGGUCUCUCACCAUGAGAAGAGUCCUUAGAGAACGGUCUGCUGCCCUCUUUGGUGGCUGGACAGUUUGUAUGUCACUAAGAUAGCUGAUGCUGUAGCUUCCAGUGGUAUUUGACACGCACGGUUCAGUUUUGCAGUCUUAAAAAUCUGAAAAGCCUGAUCGCUGUCCCAGGAAAGCUGCAUCUCUACCACCAGAAGCACAGUGAGAAGAGCCAGAACGCAGGGUAUUCUGUGCCUCUGAACUCUUCCAUGGUGUAAAAUAAAACCAUUUCAGGUUGAAGCCUGUGUUAAUUUGAUGUCCCUCACAGAAUGGUGGUGUGUUUGAAAUGGGCUGCAGGCAUCGCGAUACCAGCAACGCUCUCCUGACUUCUCCACAAGGCACUUUCAGAUACGAAACAAAGGUGGAUCUGUUCAGGCUGCCUGGGAAUCGGGACUCCUGGGAUCUCUCGUUCUUCCGCUUGCAGGCUCUUGCCUCAGCCAAACUGGUGAGCUGCUGUUUGUUUUAAUAGAUGAGGAAAAUACCUAGCUCACAGGGGUGUUGUGAGGCUGAAGCAUAAUUACUGUGUAAGAUGCUUUGAAGUCAUCCUCCCACAAAAAAGUGUUCCAGACAUCCUAAACAACCUGAGACUUCCUAACCUGGUGUUAGCUUUUUGUAGCAGAAAAUGUUGGGGAAGAUAUUCAGCACUCUUGGCCACGUGGUGUUCUGUGGUGGCCCUUCCAGAAUUGCUGUGUGGUACAUCAAUUGUAGCAGAACAAGGCUUUUUGUUUUCACCAGAGUUUUAACCGUUGGUGUUUCGUAACCUGCUUCCAACGGGUCCUGCUAGAUUGGAAUUGUUUUAAAAUAGGACUAGAAUAAAUUCUCUCUCAUUGGGGAGUCAGCUUCACUGGCCUUACGGGCCAGGUGAAUGAGGAAUAAAGUUAAAAGCUGUGCUGCCUUGUGCCUGGCUCUGUGCCUGGGGAGGCUGACUGGGGAGAGGGGUUUUGUGCUCUUGCUUCUGCAGGCUUGUGCUUCUUGGGGCACCUAUGUCUCCUGUUCCGACCCCACUGGUUUUGUGUACGGCAGAGCCCUGGAUGCAGCAGCGUGGCUCUGCCGCAGCCCCCUGCACAUGGAGGGGUGCCCUGUUUCCCAGGGACAGGCUCAGAGCCACAGGCUGGAUUUAGAGUGUGGCUGUCCCCAUCGUACUGUGUGUCCGUGUCACCGUCCUGCCUGCUCUGGUGAAAGGUGAAAGGAUCUCUGAGCUCUGGCCGUGCUUUUGAGUCUGGUAAGUGAUACAGGCUGGUCUGCUGUGACAGUUCAGGACUAGACGGAUAAACACCCUGUCAGAACUGUGUGUGUGAACAACAGCCGUGCUGAUCUCAGCGCUUGUUCUCUGCACAAGUGCUCAGGGAACAGGUGAGACCGAGGAGGCACUGACAUACCCUCCUCCCCUCCCCAGCUGGGGGGUGCUGGCUCCAGUUUGUCUUCGCGGUUAUGUUAAGCCUCUCCAAAUGCCUAGAAGAAAGACAGCAACCUCUUUCAUAAUUAACCUGGACUCCUCCUCCCUGAGUCCCCAGCUGUCAUGGGGCAGGAAGCAAGACUGGUGACUGAAUUAAAUCAUUUUGACGGAAAGUUUUUGGUGUCCCCCUCAGAAACGGGGGGAAGAAAGCUCACGGAUUUGUUUGACGGUCAGGCCAUCAGCUCCAAGCCCUGCCGCUGCCGUUAGCUGCUUUUAUCACCCCAUCCAGCAGAGCUGGGAUACUCUUAAUUGUCUUGUUUGGAUGAUUGUGGUUUUGCUUUUUAUUUUAAAUAAAAUCAAUUAUUUUGCAUUA